AUGGCUCUUCGUGUGCUAGUUACCGGCAGCACUGGCUAUGUUGGUCGCUUUCUGGUUCCAGCUUUGGAAAAGGAUGGUCAUCGAGUGGUCGGCGUGAGCCGCUCAGCCUCCACAGCCAUGGACCUUUGCAAUGCCAGUGAAUAUUCCCGCGUCCUGGAAGAGGUGGUGCCGGACGUGAUAGUGCACACAGCAGCCUCGAGCUCACCGGCCAAGUGUGAGGCGGACGAGGAAGCCACGAUGCAGCAAAAUGUGCCAAAGGGCUUUGCUCAGAAAGCCAAGGAGGUCAAUGCUUCAGUGAGGUUUAUUUUCCUCUCGACUGACCAGGUGUUGGAUGGCAAAGGCCAUCUUGUGGACGAAGAAGCAGAUGCACGACCAGUCAAUGUCUAUGGAAGAUCGAAGCUGGAGAUGGAAAAGGUUGUGAAGGCGCUCUUCGACAAUCAUGCGAUCUUUCGACUAUCGUUCAUCUUCGGUCCGGAAGUGGAAGGCGCCCACAGCACCUUCCUACAGUUUGCCUUGGAGAAGCUGCGACAGAAGAAGGAGUUCAACGCCUUCGCAGAUCAGAUCCGAUCCUGCAUCUUCAUUCAUGAUGUCGUGGAGGCCUUGCGUUUGGCCGUGAAGGGCCACAUCGAGGGGACAGUGAACCUUGGAGGACCUGAGGCCUUGUCCCGGCUGGACUUUUGCCGAAUCGUGGCCAGACAUGUCGGCAUGGCCGAGUCCAUUGUUCAAGGUUCAGCCUACGAUCUCCCAACUCCAUCACCUGCCGACAUUUCGAUGAAUAUUGCUCGUUUGCGCACGGCGAUGGGUCGAUCCACAGUGUCCUUGGCUGAUGCACUGGCCACCAUGGACGCAAAGCUUUGA